UAGCAAAAUCCAGAAAGAGAGAAAGAGAGAAACCGAGACGAUGAGCAACAGAAGGAGGAGCAACGGAGACGAUGACAAGGGAUUACUGUGGAAACUUCCUCAGGUUAGGAUCAAAGACGUCGGCAAAGUUGGUCCCGCCUUUGGACUCGGUUUCGGUUGCGGAUUCGGUUUCGGCGCCGGUCUUAUCGGAGGUGUAGGAUUCGGACCAGGAGUUCCUGGACUACAGUUUGGUCUGGGGUUUGGAGCUGGUUGUGGAAUCGGUGUAGGGUUUGGGUAUGGCGUUGGAAGAGGCGCCGCUUAUGAUCACUCUCGCUCUUAUUACAACGUCGGGAAGCCAUCUCUAGAUGAGGUUGAUUCUCUUAUUGAUGAACUUGUUGUCCACACCAAGAAACUUGUGAAAGCUACUUCAAAAGAAAUCGAAAAGUGGACAAGACCUUAGCCUUAUUAGCUUAGCCAAACUUAUCAGUGUUGCGCAGCUCCUUUCAAGUAAAUGUCAGUGUUGCACUGUUCUUGUAUCCUGAGUGUGUAAAUCACAUUCCUAGUUGUACAAUCUACAUAUGGUGUAAAGAUGGAUUCGCUUA